UGUCCGAGGCAUUGAACUUUCAAGGCAGUGAUCAUCCUAUUAAGGACAAGUUACGCUGCCUGAAUAUUUGUGCAACAUGAAUCGGUCUGUUGUAUUGACUGCGUUGUUGUUGGUGUUUGUUUACGGCGUACAUGGAUGUAGGCGGUCGGGCACCACCGGUAGCAGCAUACCACCGAAAGGCCAAGAACCCACGCAAGAUCCCAUUUCUGAUGUCUGGUUGGGUCGACUCCCUUUCGUAAACUACAUGUGUGGUUGGCCUAAUGACACCAUGCGAGUUGGUAUCGUUCGUCGGCAGGUCAUCGACCCCUUCAAGUUUCUCCCCAGCAAUCUGGAACCGGUUCAUACGAUGGUGUAUUUCCGAGGAGACGUGUACGAGUGGGGAGCCGGUUUGUUGCGAUCCUACGACCGGGGCACCCUGGGUCGUGAUCCCCACGGCUGCCCAGCCCAGUGGAUGCUGCACGGACAGAGUAACUGCUCAGCCACGGAGAUCAAACAGGUGGCCGCGAGCUACCUGCCUCGUUACGGACCUUACAGCCUGCUGAGUAAUAACUGCCAUAACUUCUCGGAGAGAUUAGCUGAGAAGUUGCUGAGGGGAGAGUGUAGUCCUUUUUGAAGACACCCGAGAGACAAGCAAGUGUGAAGAACUGAGUAACAAGGAAGAAACUACAUAAACAAAAAAAGGAUGAGACUUACAGGGUGGUCCAUAAAGACGUUUACACUUUUUCAGUUGCAGAUUUCAUGGAAUCGGGGAGGCAUAUUAAAAUUGUUUCAAGAUACAUGUAUUUCUAAACUACAGCAUGCAUCUUCGUGAUGGUAUAAUUACGGUGAAAACGGCACUGAAAAUAAAGCCUAAUUUAAGAAAUGGCAAUAUUGUUUAAAGAAAGAUGGUCAAAAAUUCACACGGUCAACACAAUAGCACUGCACACACAAUUAAAAGAACUGCGCAAUAAUUGUAAUUAGGUCUACAUGACUGCCAUAGACGUGGGCAAACUAGUUUUUGACCAUUUUUCUGCAAGUGGCCGCUAUUUCUUAACUUGAUUUAAUUUCAGCUCCGUUUUCACCAUAUAUGACCAAGAUCUUGCAGUUUAGGAAUAUCUUAAAACAAUUUCAACAUAUCUUUUCAAUUUUGAGGAAUCUGCCUCUAAAAAAGUCUUUUUUGGACCACCCUGUAGAACUUUUCGCAGAUUUAGAAAGGCUCACAAAGAUGCAUCUAAAAACAAGAACAAACUUUAGUGCAAAACUUUUGUUACUAGUGAAGGGAGUACAAAAACUGGGGUUUUACGUUUCGUUUGAAAUUGAAACGAAAAUGUUUAAUACUUAACCCUAUUGGAGGACAGUUUGGACUGAGUUUAUCCUAGGUAAAAUCAUUUUAAAUGUCAAGCUGUUUCUAAACAACUUCUGUUACUAAAAUAAGUUUGUUGACAGGAUGUAUUAAGCCUACUGAUUCACACCGACCUAUCUUGUUGGUGAACAUUUUAUUCAAUAAACCAAUUUACACACAAAAUUGCUCUGCGGAAAUAAUAAAUAACGGCAUGAGUCAUGUUCUGUCAACUACUGAGUCAACCACUAUACCGACGUAGAAGCUCUGUCUACACUCGUACUCCACAACUUUCUUCAAGUGCGCCCUCCCCGACAAUCGAUUGCUACAAAGUUUACGUUUACCAUUUUGUUAAACGAUAUGAGGGCGCUCUACAGUUAAAACUGUCGGGGCUGAAAAUUGCACUGGUGUCUUAUGAAAUUUGGACUCCUAUGAAAUCUAGUCUCUUUUUCCUUGUAUGGAGUCUUACCCUCACACCUGGCCUGUCACUGUCCAAAUUAUCUUCAUUUAGGCAUGCGCAAUACAAUGAAGGAGUCUGUAUUUGUUAGAGACCAGAUUUUCCACCACACCGGCAACGAGCACCCUGGGUUGGUAAAAACAGGUUUCUGCGAAUGUGGGG